GUCACUCACGACUGGAGAAGCACGCGUUUUAUCCACCGGCCUGGUCUCACACCGACAAGACAAAAAAAACACAGCAAUGAUGUCUAAGAAGAUCCCCCAGUGCUCUGCAGUGGAUCAGUCGGAGCAUGAUCAACCUCCCAGCCAUUGUCAGGUAGACCGGUCCGCGAACGCAGCACUGGGGUGUAGGAACAAGGCUGAAUCAGGUCAAAGAAAUGGUGAGACGGCAUCAUCGUCCCCAGAGAGCGGCAGCUUGAACGGAGAUGGAAAGCGUAGCGGGAAAAGUCGCCGCCGCAAGAAACGUUCAUCCAAUCCCGAGAGUCGCCCUGAGGGGAAGGUUGACAGUAAGACCAAGAAUGAAGAGAAGCCAGACAAAAGGAGCAGCCAGCCACCUGACCCUCGUGCUGGGCUGAUUGGCCUGCAGUCUGAGUGUGCUAAUGUGUGGUUUGAGCACAGCAUCUACGAGCGAGCCGAGAGCCUCUACCAGUGCUGGUUGGCGAGCUCCUCCAAUGGGACCACCCAGUCAAACCGGUCAUCUCCAGUCCCAGGGAAACACUCAAACUCUCCAUCCACAGUGGCUCCAUCUUCCUCAGGACUUGUGUGCCACCAUGGCGAUCAGGUGGCCUGCCAUCACGUCGUCCAGGCCGUGUGGGUGAACAAGACAAUAUUUGACCAAGCAGAACGCCGCUUUGUUGAAGAAUCAAUGCCGUCCAUUCCAAACUCUCUGGACCUCCCAUCCCCGCCGAACCGCUCCAUCGCACCCAGAACACCUGAUGAAGGUUAUCAGUCUCUAGCCCCAACUCCUGCUUCCCCUGUCAUCCAACAAGCAGCUGUCACGCCAACUAAUCGACAGUCAAUUAAUGGACUGCCCCGCAUCCCUGUGGAGCUGCUUAGAGAUGUGUGGCUGGAGAAACCGCUGUAUGACCGCGCCGAAGCAACCUUCUACCAGAAUCUGUACGGUAACAAUUCCUCCAAACGGUCCAGCUGCGCCUCCACUUCUAGAAGUAAUGACCACCCUCAAAGCCUUGUAGAAGAGGAGGAGGAGGAAGAAGAUGAGGAAGUGGUGGUGGAGGAAAAACGGGUGGUCCCGCAGGGUAAAGCAGAAGUCUUCCAUGCUUUGCUCCCUAUUCAGGAGGAAGAGGAGCCAGCUGAGGUCCCAGAGAAGGAAGAUGCGUCGGGGGCCGGAGUCUGCUACUUCGUUCAUCCAGACAGCGAGCGGGUGUGGCUGGACAAGUGGCGGUAUGAUGCUGCAGAGAGCCGUUUCCAUGGUUACAAUGGGAGUGAAGCUGUGGUGGUGAAGAAGGGUCAGAGGCCAGGAGCAGCAUCAGUUGCCUCCACCGCCCCACAGAGGGACAACACCAUGAGUUCAGUGGACUUUCUGGCCCAGGAGAAGAUCUGGUUUGACAAACCUCGCUAUGACGAGGCAGAGAGACGCUUCUAUGAGGGCGUGAACGGCUCCUCACAACCAACACAGGAUGUUGGAGCUAAUACCAUUCUGCAAGACAUUGCUCGUGCCCGAGAGAACAUCCAGAAAUCUCUAGCAGGACUGAAGACUACAUUGUGUAACAGAAGUCGACCUUCCCUGAGCCAUCAGUCCCAGCUUAGCACCAGCAGUCCAGCUGAUCAAGGAGAACUCAUCUCUCGUAUCAAGAGCCUGGAGGUGGAGAACCAGAGCUUAUACAAAGUGGUGGAUGACUUGAGGACUGCACUUUCCAAACUGGAAUGUCGGGUAGCAGUUCUGGAGAAAUCCCCUGUGGCUGUGACCCCGGCAACUACUCCUUCAGUUCCCUACACCAAUGGCACUACCGUCCAGCAGAAGACCAGCGCCCCUGUUAAAGAGGAGGAGGAAGAGGAGGAUGAUGAUGAUGAUAUUGACCUGUUUGGUAGUGAUGAUGAUGAAGAGGCAGAGCAACUCAAAGAGCAGAGGUUGAAAGAGUACGCAGAGAAGAAGGCCAAGAAGCCCAGCAUCAUCGCCAAGUCUUCAAUCUUAUUGGAUGUCAAACCUUGGGAUGAUGAAACUGACAUGGCGAAGCUGGAGGAGUGUGUGCGCUCGGUGCAGGCUGACGGCCUGUUAUGGGGCACAUCCAAACUGGUUCCUGUGGGUUACGGCAUCAAGAAGCUCCAGAUCGCGUGUGUGGUGGAGGACGACAAGGUGGGGACAGACAUGUUGGAGGAAGAAAUCACCAAGUUUGAAGAUUACGUCCAGAGUGUCGACGUAGCAGCUUUCAACAAGAUCUGAUUCUUUGUCUCUUUCGGUCUUACGUCAAGCCUUGUUUCUCUGCUGAUUGUGUCAACGGUUAAUGAUAAUAAAAACAAACUCUUGCACUGAA